GCUACCAGUCUGUGGGACCGGCAGUGGCAGUUCUGCAGUGGCCUCGGUCGUGGACCAGAUGAUCCAAGGCUUUGCUGUGCAUGCCGAUGGCACUGUCGAUGAGGCUUUGCUAGAGCGGCUGCGGGCCCGCACCGAACUCUUUUGUGCUGACGCUGCCAGUACAGAGCAGCUAGCAGGCCAACUCCUUCGCACGACUGGCAUCCUGCCGAACUUGCGUUUUAUUACCCGCGACCGUGCCCAUGCAUGCCAGAGGCUGCUAAGCCGCCCCUGGGCCGCGGACCUAGCAGUCAAGGAGAUCCUAGACGUCUUUUGCAUGUCGAGCACGUCCUUGGUUGGGCGCAUCCAGUUCUCACCGCAUCUGCAACAGGUUUUCCAGAACUUCUGCGAGGCCUCGCAGCACAAUGCGGUCACAGGGUCUCGCAUCAAGCACCUUUCCUGGGCCAAACACCGAUUCAGCAGUAUCUCCAAGCCGCUUGGACGAGCAAUCCUACAUCUGGACGCUCUAUUGACCACUGCUGUGUGGUUGGUGGUGCAUUGCAAAGACCCGAAUGCGGUGACAUUCCUUGAAACCAUCGGAGAACGGGAGCUCCUCCUAGCCGCCAUGAUGGCGGAUGCUGCUGACGAGGCCGUUCGUCUUUUGAGGUUCUUCGGCGAGGAAGGCUACGAGCUGGCCGAGGUGGCAUUCCAGAUCCGUCUUUUCAUGUCUCGCGUGCACGUCCUCUUUAACGAGGAGAAGGUUUACGAGCUGGGUGGCUACACGAAGCACUGCCUGCAGCUGCUCUCUUCCUCUCGCGGCUUUAUGCUGGGAGGUGAGGCCAGGACGCUGGGCGGCCCCGGGAAGGUGGAUGCAGCGAAGAAGGCUUGGUGCACGCAGCACCUUCGCCAGUGGGUCUCCAUGCUGGGGUCCGCGCUGCGUGCAGAAUUCCCUCACUACGAGAUCCUGGCAGCAUUUGUGGUCUUUGAGUUGCAUGCCGACCCGGAGAGUCAGGAUGACGUGAGGGAGUACCAUGCUGCGGCAGUGCAGAGGCUAGCUCAAGCCUUCAGUCUUGAUGCCCAGUCCCUGAACGACCAGAUCAGUGAUCACCGUCCAAUUGCGCUGCAGCUGAAGCAGAGCACUGGGGCAGGCAACUUGGAUGCAUGGCGAAGCGCCUUGAUGAAGACCCAGGCCCGCAAGGACACGCGUGCACGGCAUCCGUGCGACGCUCUGAAAGCGGUCAUGGUCAAGUAUGCGGCCUACCAAGGAUGCGGCACGGCCGGUGUGGAGCAAUGCUUCAGCACAAUUGACAGGAGGGUUGGGCCAGAACGAACCCUGACGCCAGCUCACCGCUUCGCUGAUAUCAAGGUGAUUCUGGACGCGGACACGAAGGAGAAAGGGCACAUUUGCAGCAUGGCGUCCAAGCUAUGGCCUGUCUUCUUUGGUAAGCCACGGGACACAUCCAGCAGCGCCCCUCGCAUUGACAAGGGUGUCCUUCGCCCUGGCAAGCGGGGCACGGAGUCCGCAUUCCUGCAGAAGCGCCGCAAGGCCGUACAGCAAGGUAUGGUUCUGCGCUCUGCCGAUGAAGUUGCGGAGUUCGCAGACCGCGCCAUCGGGGAUAUCAUGGAAACGGAUGAGCGCUUGAAGAAUGAGAAGCAGUUCCUGGAAGCCAAGACAUACAAGCACCUGGCCCACUGUUACCUGGAGGGGACGGUGCUCGCUGCGGAGGUCCCUGAUGGCCUGGAAGAGACCGCUGUAGCGUUGCAUGAGCUUUCCAGGAAGCGUGACGGCGCACGUGCCAGACAAGCUCAGCAGCACACGAAGCUCAUGCAGCCACAGGCGCCUGAUCUUCGGCACUUCGCGCACAUCUUCUGGAUGCAGGACGACG